AUGCGCUUUCGGGAAAAUGCUAUGAAAACGUUAAGACACAUUGCUGCCGACAACGGGAAAACCAUGCCCCAUGGGGAACUAAUUGCCAAUAAACAGGUGAGACUGUAUAGUUCAUGUGGUGUGUGUGUGUGUGUGUGCAUUCAUGUUGGAAGUGUUUAUCUGAGACCAUCUGAGAUCCUCUUGCUUAGCUUAAAACUGUGUUUGUGUAUUCACAACACUUGCUUGGGUGUGUGCUUUUCCCAUAUUUUUGAGGCAGGAGGAUCGUGGUAGGAUCCGAGAUCUCUCAACUCCUCAUUAUUGCAGAAGCACUAUUCUCCUGUGGUUUAUAUGGAAAGUCCAUUUUGCUCUCAUUAUUCUGGUAUCUCAUUAGCUCACCAUCUCGAUUCAACCAGUGCAUCCUCUCCUCACAGUUCUGAAAUUGAAAACCUUUGAAACCUAGAGUUGGGCCCUUCGUAUGAUCUCUGUGUUUGUAUGGUUUCUGCCUCAGGUUUGCCAAUGCCUUCUACUAUGGCCUGGUCCUCCUGACCUCUGAGCUACUCCAGGCAGGAGAUGUGUGUGGUUGUGAGUGAUAGAUGGUCUGCAUGUUACUCUUUAAAAGGUUGAAACUUCCCUUUUGAUAGUCACAAGCAGAAACUCCUACACCGCUCUAACAAUGAAACAUGUAAAACAGUCCUGCAAGCCUGCUUUUCUAGUUUCUUUUCUAGAACCUUUGACUUAAUGUAAAUGUUUUGUACCUCCAGUCAUCACCCAAGGUGCCAAGAUUGAGCCAAAGUGCGACCUGGAAUGCAAAUACUUGACGUUAGACGAUAACAAAAAGCUACUGGGGACCACCUUAGCUGAAUUUCCAACAACAUUUAAUGCAUUUAUUUACAGUAGAUACAGUUCAUCAAAGUAAUUCAAUGGAAUGGAAGCUUGUGUUCUGCUGAUAUGUUGAGUGUGGCUCAAUUAGUAGAGCAUGGAGCUUGCAACGCCAGGGUUGUGGGUUUGAUUCCCACGGGGGACCAAUACGAAAAAGAAUAUAUAUAUACAAAAUGAGUGGGACAUUCUGUAUCUGUGCGGCCUUGUCUGUUUAUUUUUUGUUCUGUCUCUGCAGGACUUUUUGUGAUGUUGUUUGUGAUCGAUCAGAUUGGCAGGAAGAAAAGCAUGGCGAUGUGCAUUCUGCCCCUGUACUCUUGUGUUGGGAGGUAAAUGCUCUCUUCACCUUGGCCAUGUCCCAGAUUUCAGAACCUUGGUAAUCAAGGGCAUUAACUCUUAACUGACCCAGUUAGUCCCUGAUUGGCUGUAGAGACUACUCCCUUCUUCAUUCCUGCUCUGCUGGCAUCUCAUCUCUCAUACUCCCUCUCGCUACGGGUUGCUCUCACAGUUCAUCUUCAUCGCCAGAGCCUUCAUCACUGGGGGAUUCCAAGUUGUUUUGUCUGCACACCUGAGGUAAGCAUAUUUACAUUUUUCCAUCUGUAGAUACUUGACAUCUCAGCUUCUGCUGUUGAGGACAUGAGGACGUUUUGUAUAAACUAUUCUUCCUGUAGGUAUAUUCCACAGCCACCAGAGGUCAGGGUGCCCUCCUAACUCCCUUUAUGGCACAUUUAAUAAUGAUAAUGAUCUAAGACAUCCUGCCCCCUCACCGAGGGCUCCUCAGCACUGCUAACCUCCAGCUGUUUUGGCCCAUACAGGCGCUGCUCAAGAAGUCUGUGUACCUGACACUGUCUGUGUACUGCAUCUGCUGCCUGCUGGCCACAGGAGCGUCCGUGCUGUUGCCCAUUGAGACCACAGGCUGGGCCUGCAGGAGACUAGUCAAAUCACAGCCGGCCAGGAGAUGA